AUGAACAGUGUGGUAUAUGUACCACAAAUCAAACUUGAAACCAUAGCAGCAUUAUCCGCCUUCUGCGAGAAAGCCAACACGCAAUCUGCACUUUCAGCUUCUUUUCACUUUAACAAUGUUGAGAUUGUUGAAUCUAAAGCUAAUGCAGGAGUGUUCCCAUCACAAGAUUUUGUGCAUAUCGCCAAUAACCAUUUAAACCUAGGACAACUCUACAAUAGAGAUGAUCUCGAAACAGAUGCUCUAAUGUAUUCUAUCAAACACGAUAUCACAAAUGUCCAAUGUCUAAUGCCUAGACUUAUUCUAGCGAUCAAGCAAGUCGUGCGUCUUAAGGUGGUGAUCAAUGGAGCAGCUAAGGAGAUCGGAAUGGCUGCUGUGUUAGCAGUCACAAAAGCCAGAGGAAUGGAAGUCGCCGGAGCUGUUGAUUCACACCUAGUCGGAGAAGAUAUAGGACUGGUUUGUGGUAUGGAAGAAGCUCUAGAGAUACCUAUAAUUACUGAUCUCACCAUGGUACUAGGUUCCAUAUCUCAGUUAAAAGCGACAUCAGUUGUAGUUGAUUUCACAGAGCCUUCAACAGUUUACGACAAUGUCAAGCAGGCAACAGCAUUUGGCAUGAAUAGUGUGGUAUAUGUACCACGAAUAAAACCUGAAACCAUAGCAGCAUUAUCAGCCUUCUGCGAGAAAGCCAGCAUGGGUUGUCUGGUUGCACCAACAUUGUCAAUAGGAUCGAUAUUACUCCAGCAAGCUGCAAUUUCAGCUUCUUUCCAUUAUAACAAUGUUGAGAUUGUUGAAUCUAAAGCGAAUGCAGGAGUGUUCCCAUCGCAAGAUUCUGUGCAGAUCGCCAAUAACCUUUCCAACCUCGGACAACUCUACAAUAGAGAUGAUCUUGACACCAAUGCUCCAGCAAGAGGACAACGAUUAGGAGAAGAUGGGGUUCGUGUGCAUAGUUUAGUUCUUCCUGGGCUUGUGUCUAGUACAACGGUCUAUUUUUCGGGACCCGGAGAGAUGUAUUCUAUCAAACACGAUAUCACGAAUGUCCAAUGUCUCAUGCCAGGACUUAUUCUAGCGAUCAGACAAGUUGUGCGUCUUAAGAAUCUGGUGUACGGUUUAGAGAAGUUCUUGUAGAAAUAGGUUUCCUAAAUGAACUCCACUUAUUGAUAACAAAAAGAUAUUUCAAAUUCGGAUUUUGAAUUUGUCCAAAUGAUGCGAGAGUAUUUUUUGUUAAAUCCUAAAAAAUGACAUUUUAGGAUGUUACAUUUUAAAUUUUGCUUGACAUAUUGCAAUUAAUAUAAACCAACAGAAUAAAAAAUUUCUUUUUUCUUUUCCUUUUUUAGAUUAAUGUGGC